CACAGGAGUCCUGCUCUGGUCUGACCCCAGCCUCCUGCAGGGGGCGGGGUCAGGCUGAGACAGUGGGUGGAGUCAGUGGCAGCAGGUUAAAACCUCCUGUCAGGCUGCUGCAGGUCCAGGUCUCACCCUGAUCCCUGCUCCUCUCCUCCACUCUGACUUCAGGCUCCUCUUCAUCAUGGCGGCUGCUCAGAGACUCCAGGACAUUUUCACCAACAGCUCAGAGACCAACACGACCAGAGCUCAGGACUGGACCGAGGUGUAUGAAGCCGUCAGGUGGAUCCAGCUGGUCAUGGCUCUGCUCAGCGUUCUGGGCUCGGGCUCCAUCAUCGUCUGUGUGAUGUCACAGAGACUCAGCCGCACACCGGAGCUGCAGCCUCUGUUCCUGCUCAGUGUGUCUGACCUGCUGCUUGCUCUCUGCUGGUUGAUCGGAGCCGCUCUCUUCUCUAAACACUGCAACAGCCUGAACGCACACUGUUACAACCUGCAAACUGUGGAACAGGUUCUGUACAUGGCCUCCUUCUUCUACACGCUCAACUACAUGUGGAACCUCUACACAGGAAUCAGAGAGAAGUUCUACAGCUGCCAUGAUGGAUACCCUGUACAGUUUUCCAACAGAGUGAGCACAGCUGGUAAAACCACUGCUCUGCUCUCAGGUGUGAUUCCUCUGCUGCUGAUGACGCCUGUGUUUAUACAAGGGAACAUCAGCCAAUGUCAGACCAACUUCAGUGAGCCCUACAGGUGUCUGCUGCUGCACACUGGAGCACUGUACCUGACCACAGAGCAACAUCAGCCAAUCACAACCUGCAGCCUGUUGCACACCUACAGCAUCGUUGUCUUCCUCGCCGCCUUCAUCCUCACACUCCUCAGCAUCACGGUGUUCGUGGUGAAAGCCCGGCGUAUUUACAGGCGGGUUGUGACGUCAAACGGUUACCUUGGCAACCAGCAGCGGACCUCCUUCCGUGUGAUGGACCGACGGAUGCUCCUUUACCCGCUGGUCUUCAUCCUCUGCUGGGGUCCAGCGGUGGGUCUGGCGUCUCUGCGGGUGGUGAAGCCCUCGGCGUGUCAGGGCAAGGCCGGGGUCGUCUUCUACAUAUCGCAGGCCUUCACCUCGGCCUCUCAGGGUUUCCUCAACUGUCUGGUCUACGGAUGGACGCGUGCACGUCUGCGGCAAGCCGGCAGGACGGCAUUGUCUCGGGACGUGGACACUCAGACGCCUCUGCUGCAAUCGCAGAAAAAGAGAAGCUACCAGGCGCUCCCCAACAUCAGCUGAGAGACAGGAGACACACUGAGGCCGAGUGGGUGUUUUCUCUCAUGUGCAGAAAAGACUCGAGAGGAAAGUCUCAACUUUCACUUUCAGCGGGAGGGAAAACACCGAGGUCGUCUCUGUUCACAGGACAAAGACUUCCACCUCUGAUCCUGAACUGCUGAGGCGAGAAAAAGGGAAGAAGAAGACGAAGGGGGAGUUUACACCAAGAGGAAGAACGACAAACAAAAAGGAUUUGAAAGACACAUGGCAGACCUCACAGGUGCUUACUGUUCUGAUCCAGGUCACAUGACCCCUGGUGGUGGGUGGCAUUAUAACAGGUUUGACUUCAAUGAUUUCAGCCCCUCAGCCUGUAAACACAAACAGAACAAAAUGAUAUUUGAAGGCGUUUUAACCUGUAAAUAAUUAAAAACAUUGAUCAUUAGAAGAAAUUCACUUUAAAGUAUCAAGUUAUUUUCACAGUUUAAACACACCAGAGAAUAGAACCAGUUCAUUUCCACCUUAAAAAUACCACAAACAUUUGAUGUUAAUAUUGAGAUAAGGGGCCUUGAAUAUGUGACAGGUUUGAUACUCAGCUCUGCCCCCAACUGCAAGUUCAGGAAGUUUGAGACUGAAGUUCAAGAGAAUGAAGAGCUUGAGUUUAAACUUAGGAAGUUGUGUAGAAACAUCAUGAAGCUUUUUUUAAGGAACAUUUAUUUGUUUAAAACAUCUUUUUGAAUCUGUGAUGCCGUUUUUUUAAAAAGCUCCUCCAGUCUAAAGGUCUGUGUCCAUGUGUAGUGUGAUUAUAGAUCAGGUCUAGCUUCUAUAUUAAUACUGUGAAAGUAUCAAAGCCUCAGUCCACAGAGAAAUGCACACAGCCUGUAUUCAGAAACUGAGCCUUAAAAUCAGCCGUCAGGACUUCUGGAACUUUGUGAUGUCACAACAAAGCAGUCACCAAGCCCCGCCCACCUGGACCCACCAUCCAAACCUUUACAGGAUUUGGUUUCUCUGAGUGUUUUUACCUGAAAUCUGCUUUAUUUUUAUUGGCGCUGAGCCUCUCUUUGCCCUUUUUAAAGAGAUGUAAAGCUUAAAGAAAUCAGGACUGGGAUAUUUACUGACAAAUUUUAUGUCACAGAAAUGAGUCCUAAAACCUGGACAUUAGUUGUAUUCUAAUCUACUUCCUGUUCCCUGUCCUGAAGUCUCUGAUUUGUUGAAUGUGUUUUUGGUUGAAAUCAGGUCUGUGUUUAACACAAGCUCAAGAUAUUUUGAUGUUUUAUUCUCCAACAUAAAAUCAGUCAGUAAAUACUCCAGUCUGAUUUCUUUAGUCUUUUAUGUCUCUGUUGCUAACGAGUGUCUAAAUGAGACACAGAGGUUGUCGGGGACAUAUAACAUGAUAACAAAUCUACUCACCAGUCCACCUUUACAGCCUGGUUGUGUUUCUACAAACUGUCCCUGACUCUGUCAGAGGAAAGGCUUCAGUAGAAGAGGUCAGAGCUGAAUCAGUCAUCCCUGCAGCUCUCGCUCGCUCUCUCUCUCUCUGUGUCUUACUCUGAUUGAUUGCAGCUGAAUGGACGUUUGAGCAAAUUAUAAUUCAAAUAUCAACAAUUAUAAACAUGUUAUUGGGUGUGAAUGGCAGAAGGUCAGAGGUCAACCUGUCAAACAUCAGAAUCUACAGCUCUGAUGAUGGUACUGAUGAAAUCACUUAAUGAAUGUGACUUCUGACCCCAGUUUUCCCCUCGCGGUUGCAGUCGUGAUCAUGGUGUGUAGCUGCUGACCGACCGUCCGGAAACUCUCGCACCAUGUGACCACGGCUUCAUUCACAGAGAAAGUGCCUGACGCAGGAGCCCGCUGGCCUCACUCGUUAUGUGAUGUGGCGUUCAGACCGCGGCCCCUGGCGUUUCGCCAGAAUCUGCAGGACAAUGAGUUUCCUCUUCAGUCAGACCUCAGCUUCUCUGAAAAACUGAAGUUCAUAACGUCACGGCAGCAAACUGUCACUGAACCGUGACGGAGUGAUGACAGCGACAACAGCAACAACACAAACAACACCACCAACACCAACACCACCACCUGACCCUGAGACUGAAGCAGCUGCAUCAUUCGUUUCACCUGUGGCUGCAGUUGUGUAACUCUUUAAGCGUCUUCAGACUCUCUGUCUGCGGGAAGUAAAGAGGCUUAAAAGGACAAAUCCAAAGACUUGGGGACGUUUUCCUGAACAAUAAUCUCAUAGAGGAUCAUAUCUACAUUGAAGCAUAAAUUAGUUUUCAUUCAUCUUUUUUCUGUUUGUUUGACUGUUCAUCUGUAUAUUUGUAGCCUUUGUUUUAAUGGAUGUUCAUAUAUGUUUUCUUCUCCCUCCUCUGUCUGUGAAUCUGACACAAUAAAUACAACAGUUAAUAAA